CAAUUUUUUCCAGUGAAUUAUUUACGUAAUGUGGCCUUAAAUCAAGUAAGAACACCCUAUGUGUAUUUAUCUGAUAUAGAUUUUCUACCUAUGUUUGGUUUAUAUGAAUACUUAAAGAAAGCAGCUCCAAUGAUGGAUCUUAAGGAACAAAAGAAGGCAUUGAUAGCUCCAGCUUUUGAAACCCAAAGAUAUAGAUUAACAUAUCCUAAAUCUAAAUCUGAACUAUUAUCUCUUGCAUUGAUAGUUCCAGCUUUUGAAACACAAAGAUAUAGAUUAACAUAUCCUAAAUCUAAAUCUGAACUAUUAUCUAUGUUACAUAUGGGUAGUUUGUUUACAUUCAGAUUUCAUGUUUGGCCUCAAGGACAUUCUCCAACUAAUUUUGAUAAAUGGAGAACUGCAACAACACCAUAUACU